AUGGCAAGGUGCCUAAGGCAAAGGAAGAAGGCAAUCAUAGCCGCUGUUUCUAUGUACUUGGACCUCCUGUUCAAUUUUAUGAAACUUGUUAUGCAAUAUUAUGACGCUGUUGAAUCUGAACGUUUGGAAAGCAUAGACCAGGGAACUGCUUGGGAGACACCAAUUGCUAGACAGCUAGCUAGGAAUUCUUUCAUGAGAUGUAUCGUUUCCCACGGUGAUAUAUCUUGCACUAUGCUUGUUAGGAUGAACUGUAGGACAUUUCAGAAACUUUGUAAUCUUCUUAGAGAUGUGGGAGGUCUUAGGUGUAGUUGUUACCUUGAAAUAGAUGAGAUGGUCGUCAUCUUCCUUUACACCAUAACCCAUAACGAAAAGAAUCGUCAGCUCCAAGUUACCUUUCGUCGUUUAGGGGAAACGAUUUGUAGGGUCAUUAAAAUUGUUCUACAUUCGGUUUUGAAACUGCACUCUGUUUUACUACGGAAACCGAAGCCUGUUCUAGAGAAUUCAGAUGAUCCCAAAUGGAAGUACUUCAAGAAUUGUCUUGGCGCACUUGAUGGAACAAUAGUGGAGGUACGUGCUACAAAAGAGAAUCAAGAAAGGUACCGUACUCGCAAGGGAACGAUUGGAAUGAAUGUCCUGGGAGUUGUUGAUCAGAACAUGGAAUUCAUUUACUGCUUGGCGGGCUGGGAAGGGUCUGCUCAUGAUGGGAGGGUUUUGAGCGACGCCCUUAUUAGACCAAAUGGUUUGAAGGUUCCUAGAGGUUUCUAUUCAUGA